AAUUGUUCCAAGUGUGGAACAAUAUUUCAGAAGUAUUGGGGAACUAACUUGAUCAAAGGACGGUGAGCAUCUUAUAAUGUUUACUCAAUUUAACAUAUAUUAUUGUAAAUAAAAAAAGUUAACACUAGAGCUACCCUUGUUACAUUUAGUGUUUAUCAUAAUGCAUGCAUGGAUUCCAUUUUCAUUAUGUACAGUGUACACAUAGUACUCUGAAAUCUUGGAGGCAUAUGACCUUAUUGUCGGUGCUCUGGAGUCCAGAUCAAAAAAUCUGGGUUCUAGCUGUGGCUAGCUAGGAUCCUUGACCUUGCUUAAUUCAUAAUUUCUUGGGCAAGACACUUUACUCUCGAUGCGACUGGCACUCCAUCCAAGUGUAUGAACCAGUACCAGCAAAUGUAACAUUAUGGACUAAAGCAAACCUUUUGACAGGGGGGAUUAGAAAUAUUCUUAGUUGCUUUGUCAUGCUAUAGAAACAAGAUUAGUAAAGGACAGGUAAGUCUAAAUACUUAUACUCCCUUAAUUCUAAUUUCUAAUUAAUGUGCAUUUAAUCACAUUUUUAUGUUAAUUUGCAUAAUAUAAAUUAUGAUUAUUUUUCUCCCCCUUAUUAAAGAGUAAGGUGCUUAUGAACACCUCUUUAGAUUUAGAAUUUAAGUAGAACAAUGCACCACUUUCUUACCUCUUGUCAUGAUAAUAAUUCCACAUCCUUUUGUUUGUUAGUUCUCAUUGUCGUACAUGUUCCACUGCAGUGUGUGUUACCUGUCAUGUCGUUGUUAACAAAGCUGUAAAGGUACGUCACUGUUAAAAAUUUAUGUUGUCAAAUAAUAAGUAAAUGGUUAAAUCCCGCUAUUUCAUCCAUUUCAAAAUCAUGUUAUGUUUUAUAAAAAAUUAAUAAUGAAUGAGUUUUAUCAGUAAUGUAGAGUGGAAUGUGAGAAAGGGAGUUAAUUUUUCUUCUUUUGGCAAAUGAUCUUUGUAACUGUUGGCCAUUACUCCAUUAAACUUAACAGACUCAAUCACGAAACAUCUCAGGGGUGUUGACAUACAAUGUUAAGAGACAAAAAUUCAAUGUCUUUAUACUGAACAUAAUCGAUCGCUGUAAUGUCUUAUGGUAAGAUUCAUGCAACUGCAUCACUAUGGCUCCAGUUUUAAGUGCACUCACAGGAACUGGGGCAUACUGACUAUUAUAGAAUUUCUAUUGCAAUUUGUCUGUUUCAAAAAACUUCAGUUUGCCAAUAUGUUUCAAAAAAUUUGCUUGCCCAGAUUUUAGAGGGCCAUUGAAAGAGUGGUCAAUUGCCUGAGCAUUGAUCUACUGUAGUCCUUUAUCAUUCUUCUAGGUAUGUACAAGAUGUCUCUUAAAACAAAAAGAAGAUGAAAUGAACACCCAGAAGGCUCUGUCAGCUAUAGAAGAGGCUAGAACAGGAAGAGGUGUGUUAAAUUUACCCAGUAGGAGAUAUUAUAUGAUAUUGUUGAUUACUUUAAAAAAUCAAGCAGUCUGACAACUAGCUAAAUGAAAUAAAAAUAUAAAAUUAAUACCAGAGUAUAAAGAUGCCCCCAGGUCUUGCUUUCCUAAUUCUGGCACUGAGAGACUUUUUGAUGGUGAUAAUGAUAAUGAUGAUGAAGAUAGUGAUGGUGAUGACAUAAAUUUGUAUCAACAGGAAAAUUAUGUUGGAUGGCAAACAUGUUUUCUGAAGUGUUACACUGUCUCCUUGCAUUGCCAAACUGGUAACUGCCAUCAGAAAGCAGUUAGGAGAAAGAGGAAACUGAGAAUCAAACUAGGAUGAAACCACUACAGUAAAUUUCAUUUUAAACUACAUCAUAACACAGUACAUGGAAAUGAAAAGGUCUUUAUUGAAAUGACAUUUUCUUUUAUCUUUAGCAAAUUCAACAUCAUCUGGGACUUCUGAUGCAUUCGUUGUGGUGUCAAGUUUGUCUAGUUUAAAUCCUGAACAAAGGAAAAGGGCUUUGUUUGAAGCUGCUAAAACAGGUGAUAAUAUGCUUAUCAUUAAUCUAAUAUAAAAACACUGCCAAAAACUAACCAAGUCAAAAACUAACAAGUCAUACAUGUGUACUUCAACAGUAAAGCCCCCUUGUACAUGUACUUCAAAUCUUUCUCACAGUGCUGAGUUGUACAAUAAUCUGUGAUCUAGGGCUUCUUCAUGUUUUCUAGUGCCUACAGAUGUGUUUUUGCUAUUAUGCACCACUUUCUUACCUCUUGUCAUGAUAAUAAUUCCACAUUCUUUUGUUUGUUAGUUCUCAUUGUCGUACAUGUUCCACUGCAGUGUGUGUUACCUGUCAUGUUGUUGUUAACAAAGCUGUAAAGGUACGUCACUGUUAAGAAUUUAUUUGUCAGAUAAUAAGUAAAUAGUUAAAUCCCGCUUAGCCUAUUACAUCCAUUUGAAAAUCAUGUUAGGUUUUAUAAAAAUAAUGAAUGAGUUUUAUCAGUAAUGUAGAGUGGAAUGUAAGAAAGGGGGUUAAUUUUUCUUCUUUUGGCAAACAAUCUUUGUAACUGUUGGCCAUUACUCCAUUAAACUUAACAGACUCAAUCACGAAACAUCUCAGGGGUGUUGACAUACAAUGUUAAGAGACAAAAGUUCAAUGUCUUUUUACUGAACAUAAUUGAUCGCUGGAAUGUCUUAUGGUAAGAUUCAUGCAACUGCAUCACUAUGGCUUCAGUUUUAAGUGCACUCACAGGAACUGAGGCAUAUUUCUUAUUUCUAUUGCAAUUUGUCUGUUUCACAAAAGUUCAGUUUGCGGAUAUGAAAAUUUUCUUGCCCACAUUUUAGAGGGCCAUUGAAAAAGUGGUCAAUUGACUGAGCAUUGAUCUACUGUCAGUAGUCCUUUAUCAUUCUGCUAGGUAUGUACAAGAUGUCUCUUAAAACAAAAAGAAGAUGAAAUGAACGCCCAGAAGGCUUUGUCAGCUAUAGAAGAGGCUAGAACAGGAAGAGGUGUGUUAAAUUUACCCAGUCCGAGAUAUUAUAUGAUAUUGUUGAUUACUUUAAAAACUCAAGCAGUCUGACAAAUAGCUAAAUGAAAUAAAUAUAAAUUGAAUAAAUACCAGAGUAUAAAGAUGCCCCCAGGUCCUUGUUUUCCUAAUUCUGGCACUGAGAGACUUGUUGAUGGUGAUAAUGAUAAUGAUGAUGAUGAUAGUGAUGAUGAUGACAUAAAUUUGUAUCAACAGGAAAAUUAUGUUGGAUGGCAAACUUGUUUUCUGAAGUGUUACACUGUCUCCUUGCAUUGCCAAACUGGUAACCGUCUCAGCCGUCUAUCAGAAAGCAGUUAGGAAAGAGGAAACUGAGAAUCAAACUAGGAUGAAACAACAGUAAAUUUCAUUUUAGACUACAUCAUAACAGUACAUGGAAAUGAAAAAGUCUUUAUUAAAAUAACAUUUUCUUUUAUCUUUAGCAAAUUCAACAUCAUCUGGAACAUCUGAUGCAUUCGUUGUGGUGUCAAGUUUGUCUAGUUUAAAUCCUGAACAAAGGAAAAGAGCUUUGUUCGAAGCUGCUAAAACAGGUAAUAAUAUGCUUAACACUAAUCUAAUAUCAAAAGACUGCCGAAAACUAACCAAGUCAAAAACUAGCAAGUCAUACAUGUGUACUUCAACAGUAAAGCCCCUUGUACAUGUACUUCAAAUCUUAUUCACAGUGCUGAUCAGUUGUACAAUAAUCUGUGAUCUAGGGCUUCUGCCAUAUUUUCUAGUGCCUACAGAUGUGUUUUGCUAUUUUUUUGUAAUGGUAACUUUUUAACAGAAUGUGAUUAAUUUAUGACUAAUUUAUGACUCAAUAUUUUUUCAACUGAGUGAUGACUCUGAAUGCAUGUAGUACCACUGUAAUGUAUUUUAAUCAUUUAGAAAAUAAUUAGUUAGUCAGAGCAGAGGGACAUGGGGGAUUACGGUGUUGCAGUAUUGAGCUUUUUUUCAAGCGGUAUUUCAGAAAUUUUGAUUUUAAUGUACGGUAAUGAGGUAUCAUCUAGCCCUGUGGUAUGCGGUUUUUCAUCCUUUUGGUUAAUGGUAUUACAGCUGUAGGUAAAAGAACAUCCUUUACGGUAUUGCGGUACCAUUUAUUUGCACUCUUCUGUCUAAUUCAGGUCAAUACAAUAUGCAGCACUAACCACAGUAAGCUAAACACUUUAAUAAAAGUUAAUAUAUUUUUUUAGACUUUAGACUUGAAGUGGUGAAUGAUUACACAAUCCUUGACGAAAUUAAAAGGGCAUCCAAUGACCGGGCUUUUCGAUCAUUGAACCGUUGAGGUCUUCUAACGUUUUCUCGCAGUGUCCGAGGUUGAUUUCUGGUGGAAACACGCUUGAGAUACACAAACACGCGAGAUGGAUACAGCUUUAAGUAAACAUGACCGAUCGUAAAUGCAGUGUCGGUAUUUCAUUGAUUUUCGACACAGUAUUUCAGUAUUUGCCAAUUUUUCUUACGGUAUUGCGGUAUUGGUUACCCCCCAAUGUCCCCCUCUCAGAGUAUAUUAAUUUUGAUUUAUUUAAUAUCAGUAAAAAUGAGUUGCUGUAUUUCCAGGAGACCAUUAUUCCAUGGUUACUUUACUGAAUCAUGAGAAUGUUGACAUCAAUAUUAGAGGUAAUAAUUUAAUUUUAAAUAAUUAUGAACAAACCCACUUUGAAUUAUUUCUUCUAUACUGGUAAAUAAAGAUUCACUGGCAAAAUAAAUUUUUUUAUUUCUUUCCCAUAAGAAUGUUUGAUCCUACCUUUGAAUGAAAUCACAGUGAAUAUUAUUUUGUUAUUUCUUUUUGUAGACGAGGACAAGAACACUACUCUCUUUUUUGCUGCAGAAGGUGGCCAUCUCCCUUGUGUGGCUCUCUUAAUGGUAACUAAUUUUGGUCUCAAUUUGUCUCUAGUAAUUUAACAACCUUGAGAAAGUUUCCAACUUUCCAUUACAAUUUUGGCCCAGUGUCUUGAUUGUUACAGUCAUUAUUCUACAGUGUAUUCAUUAGGCAAACGAGAUCAGAGAAUUCUCUGUUUACUAUGCAGAAUUCUCUGGCUAACGUUUGAUAGCCUAUAUGACUAUUUUUAUUCAGAUGCAGAGUGUCUUUCACAAUACUCUCCUGUAACAUUACACCUUUCUCCUGCUACUAAAUUCUUAAUGAAAAGUUCCCUGAUUCUAUAUAUAAUAAUUAAGCAAUUUAUAUUGUAUAAUAUGUUUGAAAAUUAAAGGGAGAUUAGCAGAUUAGCAGACACCUUGUAGGGCCUUGUUGCAUGCACCUCUUCAAUUGUAAAGCCAGGACAGAGUCUCAUGAUUGGAAGCUUUUUGAACCCAAACUUAAAAUCUUGCAAGGGAAUAUUUUUUGCGCUUUGUUCCAUCUUGAAUUAAGCACAUUUUGCUACAAAGUCUGGCAUUUUUUGGUACUGGUCUGCGUUGUAAGUUAAAUCCAAACUACAGGAUUCUUUGACUAGGCUAAUAUAUUCAUACAGAAUGAUAUAAAUUUGAUAUAAUAGUGAUGGUGAUGAUGAUGAUAAUUAAUUAAAGGGGAUUUAACCCUCUGCUGAUUCCUGAUCCUCGUAUCUCUAACAGAAAAAAUGGCAUGUCAUUCUGACUCUCGAAAUACACACGUCAUAAUGUUUCUCUGCACACAACAGUUUUCAGGGUUAAGCCAUGUAUAUCAGCCCUGUAAACUAGCUACAUAAUUUAAAUCCCUUCUUUUUUAUUUAUUUUAUUUAAAAUUCAACAGGAACGAAAUGCAGAUGUGACAGCAGUCAACAAUGUAAGUUUAUGGAAUGUUACAUACUAGAAAUGAAUAAAUGAAUAUCAAGACUACUACUUAUUAUUAAUAAUAUUUCUUUUGUUAUCCAAUCUAGAAAUCUUGGACCCCUCUUCAUGCCCUUGCAUGGUAAGUUUACAUGACAAUGGUUAAAAAACAUGUUACACAAAUUUUUAUGAAAUCCUAUUAAAUUAAAAUAUUUAAAGCAUAUAAUUAGUAGUGAUGAAUUAUGUGGUACAAAGAGAUUAGCUUGUGGUGUGUAUUAUUAAGCAGACUGUUCAGUCUAGAAAUUGGUGAGAGUGGGUCAUACGUCCCAUGUGGCAUUUUAAAUUGGAUCAAUUUCAAAAAUGGUCUGGGUCAAACUAUGAUAUUGAAACUUUGAACAACUAUCAUGAGCUUCACCAUCUUAAUUAUCCAGCUCAUCUCCAUGCUUUUCAGGUUCAACUUUCAUUCUCUUUUACGUAAAUAAAUGAACUUAGCUUUUGUUUUUGUUUCAUAAUGAAUAAAGAAAAAGCACAAAUUAUUAAAGAAACAAAGCGUGUAUUGAUCGGCAAAGCAACAACUAUGCAGAGCAUGGAAAUGUACACUCCAGUCUCUUUCUGUACCGCAUGGAAGGCCUGACACAAAAAGCACUCAUAAACACAUAGUCUGAAAUGACAGUCAUUUUGUGCACUUAUUUCAGGCUAGUAAUCACACCUUUUUUAUUUUUAAUAUUGACUGCUGCUUUGGAAGUACUUGUAUAUUAGGUAACCUUUUUUGCAUCAGUAUGCCUCCAUGAUAAUUUCAUUUUGUGUCAGAAUAGAAUAUUGAAUAUUCCACGUCAAUGAGGCAAAAAUGCGGUCUAGAUUCUAAUUUUUGAUUAAGCAGCCAUGUAUUACUGAUAUUAUGUGAUUGAUCUGUAGGAAAGGAUCAAGUGAAAGUCAUGUGGAGUGUGGUGAACUUCUCAUACAGGUACUUACUGACAAAACGGAAGAUAAGAUUUUCUGGAAAGUGAGAAUAUAAUAUUGUUCUGGAAAGUAAUAAUAAUGCGGUUAGAAAGCGUUAAAUAAAUUAAAAAAGGUUAACUAAAAGUUGCCUUAAUUUACAACCAAACAGAUCCAAAUUUUGUGGUGUCACUUAAAGUGCAUUUUUACAGCUUUAAAAGCACUGUAGAUAGCCUAAAAGAUGUUUUCAAAGCUCCUAGAAGAAAUCUGCAUUUGGUUGCCCCUGUUUUCUCACUUUGAUGUUUUUGCGCAGACACAGUUAAUUCACCAUACAUUAUAAUACUACAAUGCAAUGUACAGGGAAGACCUUUACUUGCUGAAAUGGUAUCUGCUUGUUACAAAUCAUGUUAUACCGUAUGAAAGUUUGCUGCUUUGUGUUUCUGGGGACAAUGGAUGAAUGUGAUCAUUAAUAUGAGCAAUUUACAAAGGAAUUAAUCCGUAACGGCUUUUCUCGUGAUUUAACAUUAACCAAGAUGCAAAUAAGGUCUACUUGUAAAUAUUGUGCCCAAAAGCAAAGCACCUCAUAAUAGAUCUGAGUGAUGAUACGGACUUGUUCCCAGUAGUCUUCGCUCGUAAGGCACGGCGGGAGCAGGGGAUGAUGGGAAGGGAGAAGACAGAAAGAUGGUCAUCUGUCUGCCUCACUUUCCUCCUUCCCAUCACACCCCACGCGCCACCAGGGAGAGAUAGUGAGAGAUGACUGGAGACGAGUCAGGUGAUGAUAUUGUAUUGGACGACCGUUGGUGGUUGAAUGGAUCUUGGGAUGUGUAUUUGGCAUCCCCAUAGAUUUCUCAGGGACAAGUGACAUUAUCACCAAUUUCCCAAAGGCAUAGUCUGCUUCACAGCCGUUCUUUCUGUCUUCACGCAAUACUGCUCCCCACAAACGGCUGUUGAGAACCGAACCACAUUCCUUUAGAGAAGUCACCGUACCGUAAACUUGGCGCGAACACCUUCCAGAAAAUGGAAGCUGAAAUGCUGCAUGCAGUCCAUAAAACUUCUAUAGUUAUUACUACUUAGUAGUAUACUGAUAAAUCCUUUUUUGACAGGAUGGGGCAAACUGAUUUAUUUUGACCUAACCAAGUAUGUGCACUAAUGAUUUGCUUCCCUCCCCUCCGCUCCUCUCCCACUUUACUCUCCCUGUUAAGAUGCGUGUUCCAGUGUUUGCCUUGACUGACACAUUAGAGACAGCAGCAGACCUUGCAUCCCGUUCUGGUGGCAAACAGGAGCUGGUUCAACUAUUGAGAGCUGUGGAAGGUAAAACAAACCCACCAUAAUACAUGUUAUGCAAGAUUUCUCUGUGUAAGCUUUUUGAUUAAGUUGAUAACAUUACAGAUCCUUUUUACAAAUAGGCUUUGAGUUCCAAAAACUCUUACUUUUAAAACGAGGUUACGUUGCUAAGACUUCAGGGACUGUUACUAGGGGCAUGAAAAAAAUUGGCCAAUAUUGAACGGACCGGCGCGUCCCCAGUAACGAUCCCGGCCAGGAACAGUUGCGGGACGUAUAGAUCCAUUUUCGUAUGACCUUGAAAUAAUAACGCGCGAACAAAACAGUCUCAGAAACAACAAACGAGCAGAAAUAGAGUGAUUUGAUAAGUUUGUCGAACGCAUACAAACGCUCGUGGGUUUUGGUUGGUUAAGCGAACUUCCUUUGGCGGGAAAACGAAGAGUCCAUGUUUUGAUCUUUUCAUCGAUUGCCUGAUAAAACAAAUAACGAACACACCGAAACCAUUUUUCAAGGUCAUACGAAAAUCGCUUUGUCGGCUCCGGUUCCAUUUUCUUUUUGAAAGUAGCGAAUAACUUUAUACACUUGAGGAUGAAUAACUUUAUACACUUGAGGAUGUCUGGGACGUUCUUCCCAUUGUACAUGAAUUCAAACUACUACUAGGCUGUGACGUACAAGUGCCAUAAAAUCUUUUUAAGUUUUAAUUCUGUCUAAAAAAUAAUCUUGCAGUUGAUGUUGCAGUACAGAACUUACAAGAAAGGCUACAAACCCCAACAGGUAAAUAAUCUAACUGAACUUCCAUCUUAUUUACAAAUUUAAUGGAAUGGAAAGAUUUUUUAAGCUUUUUUUCUGGUUAACUCGGAUAUGAGGAUUAUGCUGUAGUUAUCAAUCACUUGUAUAAUGUAUGUUUUCUGUUGCAGGGUUCUCAACCAAAGACCCAAUGUUAAAGCUGUAUGUGGCUACGAUUGUGAGACACAUUAAUGAAAACGUACCACCCAACAGCCCGAAAUGGAUGGCAAAAGGUUUGUCUUAAGAAGGAUAAAGUAUUCAUUUUGUCACGUGCAUAGCCCAGCACGGAAAAGUCUGAUCCCCGCUACGCGCGGAUAGAACAUCUUACAUACAACUGCAAAAGAAAAUGUCAUACUCAUCGGGCUCGAAAAUCUCGCGGGUGAGUGUGAACAGUAAUCAUGCCCUAAACAGAGAUGGUGCAAAGCAGCACACAGGGCCACCAAGGUGCAAUCUCGUUCUCACGGCCUCUCUGGAAGCGUAGGCCCUAGGUAUGAGGUCGCCAAAAUUGAUGAAUCUACCCACUUACGACGGUGUUUGAAAAUUAAGCAUGCUAAAAUAAACAGUAUUCCGCAAAAUUUUAGAAAUGUGACUUGGCAUUGAUCCCUGUUGUAUUUGUUGUGAAUUUUAUGAUUUUUUCACAUAGUUUUUGUUAUUAUAAAACUCAGAUAAUCCGCAAGAAAGACAUAAAUUGUUGAACACACCAGAACUUUUAAGAAGAGAAGACAAAACUAAGUCCCUUGACUGGGUGAGUUAAAUAUUCCUUGCAAAUUUUUAACCUACACGAAAGUACCAAGACGCAUAAAAUAAUACUGAAGUGGGAAACUUUAUUUCCGAUUAAGGCGAAACACUGUAGCAACUCAAAACAGAUCAAAACAAGCAUGACUAUAGCUUCUUUGUCAUUCUCCUGGAGUGUUUAAUUUGAGUCUUAACGUUUCAAUGUAAGGCACAGUUCAAUUACACCAUUCUUGUUCCCGUGUUUACAUCUCCUUCAACCCCACCCCCCACCCCCACCCCAUGAGUUUAUGGAUAAUUUGAUAUCAGUUGAUUAACAACUCGUUAAAAGGGAGAAGCCGUAUUAAUUUUACUUCUGGUGCUUGGAUCCUUAAAUACUGUAGAAAUUUGUUGAAAUUAUUUAUCAAUAUUUUGUUGUCUUUAUUUUCAGAGUCUUCGAAAGCAUAACUCGUAUGAGGAGCUUCGGUCCUAA